UUAAUAAAGUUAAAAAAAUUAACUUCAAAAGUUAAUUUGGAAUUAAGCAUUUAAAAAGUAUCAUUAGCACUACUACUACAAAUUUACUUUUACUCCACUAAUAUUUAUUUUAACAAUUUUCUUAAAACUUGUAUUUACCUGGAACUCUAUUUUAAGGGCGGAUGACGGGAUGAGUAUAAUUUUUAUACUUAAUUUAAACUGAAAUUCUAAAUUUCUAAUUACAAAUAAACUAAAAUCUGAGUCUCUGACUCUCUUUCUCGCCUUUCUGUCGUCCGCCGGUUUCCCCGCCGCCGCCCCGCCUCCUCACGUCGGCAGCGGCGCUGCAAGCCUGCAGCAGUGCGCGCGCUGCAUUCGCCCAGCUGCACCAGUCCGGCCUCCGCCGCUCUGCUCGGCGCCUCUGUCGAGCCUUCACAGGCAACCAACAGAGUUGCUGGAGUCAGAUCAAAAUAUUGGUGCUUCCAAUCGAGAUAAUGUUUAUUAGAGGGAUUUCAUUAAACAAAUUCUGGCGCAGUUCGCUGCUGCUCCAUCAUUCCUAUCUGGUUUUCACAACUCAUUAUUCGACAGAGCAACUUGUCAUAAAUACCUUAAACAAUAAUAGUUCUAGCUGUGAUGAACGUCAUAUACUGAACCAGCUCUGCGAUAUUUUUCCCAUAUCAAUCCGGAGCCCUAGUGAUGUAAGUUCAUCUUGCAAUCAAUUGGAUAUUAGGGCUGCUGAUGAUUUUCUGCCGCCUGAAGAUAAGUUGCGAGGAGUUUUCCUGCAGAAACUCUGCAGCAAAACUGCAAUUCAUUGCGCAUUGGGUGGGGUUGGUGUAGAAUUAAAUGAUGACAUAUUUUCUAAAGUAGUGAACAAUGGAGACUUAAGUGGCGAGGCAAUGUUAGUAUUUUUUGAUUGGGCAAUGGAGCAGCCAAAUUUGUCAAAAGGUGUUGGUGCCUUUCAUAUAGUUCUUAAAGCAUUGGGUAGGAGGAAAUCAUUUGUGCAUAUGAUGGAAAUGGUGAAAGAUAUGGGGAACAGAGGGGUGAGCGUGAAUUCUGAGACCCUUUUCAUUGUUAUGGAUAGUUAUCUUCGUGCUCACCGUGUUUCCAAAGCUACAAGUAUUUUUGGGGAAUUGGAGAAGUAUGGGUUAGAAUGCAACAAGGAAACUUUGAGUGUUGCAUUGAGUUGUUUGUCACAGCGAUCACAUGUAGGAACAGCAUGUUUGUUGUUUAAUAGAAUGAGAGAGAAGGUGCAAUGUGAUAGUUCAAUGUAUAAUAUUAUCAUAGGAGGGUGGUCGAAGUUCGGUAGAGUUACCGAAGUUGAGAAGUUUUUGAAGUUGAUGGUGGAUGAUGGAGUGGAGCCUAACUGUGUUACUCAUAGUCAUGUCAUUGAGGGGUUCGGCAGAGCUGGUAGGUUCGAUGAUGCGGUCAGGAUUUUCAAAUACUUAGAGGAGAAAGAGAAAGUGAGUGCACUAAGUAGUGAGGUUUACAAUGCUAUGAUCUUCAAUUGUAUUGCUAAUCAUGACAUUGAUGGGGCGUUGAAAUACUACGAGGGGAUGCUACGCGAUGGUUUUGAGCCGAAUGUGGAUACCUAUGUCAGGAUAAUACUGUACUUCCUCAAAAAGAGAAGAGUUUCGGAUGCCAUAGAAUUGCUCGAUGUGAUGCUUGAUCGAGGCGUGGUUCCUUCAACGGGGACUUUGACCGAGAUGUUGAAACCUUUGUGCAGCUACGGCCCGCCCUAUGCUGCGUUGAUGGUUUAUAACAAGGCGAGGAAAGCAGGGUGUAGAAUAUCGAUGACAGGGUAUAAGCUGCUGUUGAUGAGGCUAUCUAGGUUUGGGAAAUGUGGAAUGCUGGUGAAAAUAUGGGAGGAAAUGCAAGAGAGUGGGUAUGGUUGUGAUUUGCAGGUUUAUGAGUAUCUCAUAAAUGGUCUGUGCAACACAGGGAGGCUUGAAUGUGCAGUGGUGGUUAUGGAGGAAUGUAUUAGCAAGGGAUUAUUCCCUAGCAAAAUCAUUUCUAGCAAACUCAAUAAUAGGUUGAUGGAUUCAAAUAAAGUUGAUGUGGCUUACAAGCUAUUUCUCAAGUUGAGAAAAGCACGUCUAAAUGAGAAUGCCCAAAGAUAUUGGAGAGCUAAAGGCUGGCAUUUUUAAUUUAUGAUUAUUCAAGGGAAAUAGGGUGAAGUCAACUAGGAAGGUAAUUCUUGUAGCAGACAUGAUGUUUAUCUUGUAAUAAAAUGUUGUAGAUACUAAUAUAUACAUGCACUUAGUGAGCAAUGGAAUAAAUGCACCACAUCAAUCCAUCA